GCUUGUAGAAGAAAUGAGGGUGUGGUGUUUGUUUCUUAUGGGUAUAUCUUCUGACUCAUUAAAGACGUUUUAGCUCAUGAAGCUCACGCCUCUUGUUUCCUUCCUUAGGAUCACAUGAAAAUGAGGGUGGCCAUCAGGAGAGCGCUUUCCAGAGAGGAAGUUCCUCAAGGGAUGCCUGUGGGGAGGAGUGUGGGAGAGCGCUCAUGUGGAAACAGACACACACACUCGUCUGGGUGAUCUCUACAUAUACACAGACUCUCCCUGAUCCUCCUGGAGAGAACCCUGAAAGACAAACGUUGGCUCAGGCCCUGCAGGAGUCCUAGCUGAGCGUACAAGAGCGAAGGUCCACUCUGAAGAGGAAGCCCUUCUCCAGGUUCUUUCUCUCCCACCCUGAUUUUUGCUACUGGAUGCAGUUAUUAUGAAUAAAGCUGCUAUGAACAUUCAAGUACUAGUCUUUGUGUGGACACGUAUUUCCAUUUCUCUUGGAUAAAUACAUCGAAGUGGAAUUACUGAAUGAUUUGGGUAUCCGGUACAAUGUUGAAUAGAAGCAAUGACAGUGGACAUCAUGAUGGCACCUUUCAAAAUUUCUUUAGCAAAUAAAAAUAAUCAUUGGCUGUAAUAGAGUUCCAGAACCCUGUCCUCUGCCCGCGUGAUGGCAUGCUCACGGACCUGCUCUCAAAUCCUGGGGCUGACCCUUGGGACUACCGCCCUGUUUGCUGCUGGGGCCAACAUGGCGCUCCUUUUUCCUAACUGGGAUGUCACCUACUUGUUGAGGGGCCUUGUUGGCAGGCAUGCCAUGUUAGGCUCUGGGUUCUGGGGAGGAGGCCUCAUGGUACUCACUGCGGCUAUCCUCAUCUCCUUGAUGGGCUGGAGAUACGGCUGCUUCAGUAAGAGUAGGCCCUGCCGAAGUAUGCUGACUUCACUGUUGUCAAGUGGCCUGGCUUUGUUUGGAGCCCUGAUUUGCUUUAUCACUUCUGGAGUAGCCCUGAAAGAUGGUCCUUUUUGCAUGUUUGAUGUCUCGUCCUUCAACCAGACACAAGCUUGGAAGUAUGGUUACCCAUUCAAAGACCUGCAUAAUAGGAAUUAUUUGCAUGACCAUUUGCUCUGGAACUCCGUCUGCCUGGAGCCUUCUAAAGCUGUUGUUUGGCACGUGUCUUUCUUCUCCGUCCUUCUCUGCCUCAGCUUCCUUCAGAUUCUCCUGGUGGUCGUUCAUUUCAUCAACAGCUUCCUGGGCCUUUUCUGCAGCCUCUGUGAAGAGUGAUGGAUAAUGCCAUUUCAUGUGUGGGUGUUUUUAUCAUAAACUGCCUUAAAUCCUUUCUGCAAGUCGUGGGUGUGAAUUAUAAACAAACUUCCCUUAUGAGCUGAAAUUGACUCAAUGGCAAUGGGUAGUAAUAAUAACAAUAACUCUUUGCACAUUGUUGAAUGCAUUUUAAAUCACAUUAUAAACUGCAAGAUGAUAUAUAAUAGAAGAAAUGAUUAACUUUUAUUAUUGCAUAGAAACUUACAGUCCAUAAAAUAUCCUCCACCUAUGAUCUCAUUGUAGCCCCUCAGCAACCCCAUAAAACUGACAAUGUAUUACAGAUCGAGAACUUGAGGUUCCUAGAGGAUAAUGAACUUGCUGCCCCAAAGCACGCAGCUAGGUCAAUGUCAAGUCAGUACCCAAACCACUGUCUUCUGGAUUCAAGUUUGUCAGAGUUCUCUUCAUCAGUGUUCGGUAGAGUUCUACAAAUAUGUACUGAGUACCCACUCUGUGGAAACCCUGGUGGCGUAGUGGUUAAGUGCUAUGGCUGCUAACCGAAAGGUUGGCAGUUCGAAUCCACCAGGCAGUCCUUGGGAACUCUA